AUGCCGUUCUACUCCUACGCCGUGGACUCCUCACUGGGGCGCGACCGCAGUCGCGACGAGGGCCCAGGAGCCCAAGGCUCCACUGGCGCGGCCUCGUCACCUUCCGCAGGCCGCGAUCGGCGACUGUCCGCAUCCAGGACAUCUGGCCAGUAUUCCGCCGACUGUGUCGACGGCGAGUUUGGUUCUUCGCCCUCUCUCUCUUCCUUUUCUCCCUCCAUCCGUUGGGGUAGCUCUGCUCCAACUGCCGAUCGACACUCUCACCCUCGUGCAACUCUCGCGACUGCAGCCGCCCGAAGCUCUUUGUCGAGUGCAUCGCUGUCUUCGCUUUCGCAGCGGCUGACGGUGGUCAACCAGCAGGGAACGGGGAAUCCCUUCGCGCCUGCAUGCGCGCCUCUGGACUUUCCGGGGGAUACAGAAACCUGGAACGAUCUCACGGGGCGCGGGCCCUCGCCCAACCUCCCCCGCGACGUCGAGGUCCUCGGCGCCAGCAGCGUCCACAGUCUCGCCGCCAGCACGUGCUACGACGGAGCCAGCAGUGCGCUGUUUUAUCCGAAUGUAAGGCUGGCCUCUGCUCCACAAAACCCUUUCGCGCUUCACGCCGGGACAGCGGGCGACCGCGGCAGUUGGGGACGGCGAGAGCAGCCGGCAGCCUUGAUCGGAAGGGCGCAAGUGGGAGAUUUCCACGGACCGAGCCCAGACCUCGCCGGAGAGUCCAGCCUCGCCGGCCUGUCUCGUGCGAACGGCCGAGGAGCGAUCGGCGACCGCGAUGCGUACUUUGCAGAGGACGAAACUCCAGACCUCCACUCGCCAGCUGACACGGAAAGCCAUGGCUCGUAUCAGCCGCCGCGUCUGUCUCAGCUCCCGGCUCCGACCUCUGCGCCGCUGCGGACGGCUGCGAGCGUGGCGCUUUCGUCCGAACGAGAGUGGACGCCUUCCGUUUCUUCGCGGCUCGCCAGGCGACCCCUCCUCCCGGCCAGAGACGCGGCCGCUGCGUCGCCUCGCGCGGUUUCCGCCUCCUCGCUGGGUCGGCGCACGUCUUCCUCGCCCUCGACACCCGCCAGGUCUUAUCCGUCCGAAGAUCUCUCCGAGUGGUACGUGAGUUGGGAACACCCGUUUCUGAAGCGCAGUCCCCUGGAUGUGAGCCGAGGCCCGCUGCCGCAGCGGCGGUGCACUGAUCUCUUCUUCCUCGUUCUCUUGCUGCUCGCCUGGUUCGCCGUCGCGGCAGCUUUGGCGCUUCGCCUCGCCCCUGGCGCUUCGCCGGUCGCGCGCCUCUCUGCAGGCAUCGACUGGAAGGGCCGAACGUGUGGACAUGACCCCGGCGUCGAAGACUUCCCCCUCGUCUACUGGCCUGCGAAACAACAACCAGAAACCCCCAUCAACGACGAACUCUCUGCUUGCAGCAUCAUUCCUGUCUGUACGAAGGCCUGCCCUGACGCCUUCUCUGCGCGGCGGGAGAAAGGCGCCUGUUCGUCGGACGCAGAAUCCGCUGGGCUGUGCAGCUGGUACAGCUCAGGACCGGCUGCGCUCCUGCUUCGACGUUACUGUCUCUUUGUGGGCGCCGAUGGGAAGGCCAAGGACCACGGCCUCCUCUCGUCGUGGAUUCGCUGGGUUGCCGACAUCGACAUCGCCUGGCCUUUGGUAGUCGUGGCGCCGACCGCUGCACUCCUCCUCGGCUAUCUCUUCUUGUGGCUGCUUCAAAAGGCUGCGCAUGCCGUGGUUGCCGGUCUUGUUCUCCUCCUUGAAAUUCUUCUCCUUGGCGCCGCCUACGAGUUCUAUUGCGCCUACGCGGCCUCCAGGAGCCUGUCCUCGUACACGCAUCCCUUUGAUCGGUCGUAUCCGGUGGAAAGUGCAUUCGUCUCUCAGUCCACUCACGCUGCCAACCCUGUCUCUUCUUCUCUUUCUUCGUCUGUGACGAAGUCUGUUUUGGUGGCGUUCCCGCUGACUGUCGGCUCUGGGGCGGGGAACCUUGCGUUGGUGUGUCUGUGUUGCGUCGCGGCGCUUCUGAUUGCUUUCUUCUCCGUUUUCUUCCGGAGAGAACUGCAAGUCUCCACUUCGGUCCUGACGGCCUCUGCGAUGCUCCUCCAGCAAGCGCCGCGGAAGUUCCUUCUCCUCCUUCCUCUCGCUGCAGCAGCCGCCCUCGCCUCCCACGGGGCUCUCGUUGUCGCAGCUGUCUCGCAUCUCUUGGCGCUUGGCCCCAUUCCAAUGCUGCCAAUCAGCGCAUGCAUUCCGACCCUCAGUCCCUGGGUGAGACUGCCGCUGCUGUCUGGGUCGUCGAUUGCGUUGCUCCUCUCUCUCCUUUUUGUCGCCCUGUGGACGGGAGGAUUCUUGAAUGCCGUCUCCAGGAUGGUUGUCGCCUACUAUGCUUCAGCCUGGUAUUUCAUGCCUCGGCACAUGCACGAUCGGCGAGAAAGUUUGAAGGCGAAGGCGGUGGAGGCUGCCAAGGUCGUUUUUUCCUAUCACCUCGGCUCGGCCGCUCUUGGCGGCCUUAUUCUCUCCUCUGUGCAGAUGCUGAAACUCCUGUUUGGCUGGGCGCGGUACCGAGCAGUGCGCCGCAAUCAGUCGGCCUUUAAGCGGGUUGUGUAUCGCCUAUCGAACUGCGUGGCGUGUCUGUACACUCCAUUCAAGUUUGUUACCCCGACAGCCUUCAUCUUCGUCGCCCUUCUUGGCCAGCCUCUUCUGCAGGCUUCGUGGACGGCGAUUGCGACGUUAACGAGAAAUCCCGUUGCCACCGCGUUCGUGUGGCAGAUCGGCUGGCUUCUGCAGCUUGUUGGCCAACUCUCGAUCUCAAUUUGCGUCGCCUGGUGUACAUACACCCUGCUGCCGAUGUUUCCGAGCACCUACAGCCAAUUGUCGUCGCUCGGAGCUCCAGUCGUCCUCUCCUUCAUCUUGUCGCUCUACGUGGCGAGCGUCUGCGUGCAUGUUUUUGGUUUAGCCGCCGAUACGCUGCUGCAGGCGUUUUUGGCAGAUCGGGAGAUGUCUCUCCAAGAUGGAAAAUUUACAGCGGAACACGCGCCGGCGUCCCUCCGGACUCUGGAUCGAUACAUGCUUCGGAAUCGCGCUUCUCAAGGGCGCAUGCGUCGCGUUUAA